GUUGCAUACGCUCCAGACGGAAGCAGGAUUGUGUCAGGCUCCGGGGACAAGACUCUGCGAAUUUGGGACGCGAAAAGUGGCAAAUUCAUCGGCGAGCCCCUCAGCGGUCACAGCGACCACGUCACUGGCGUUGCUUACUCCCCGGACGGGACAAGGAUUGUGUCUGGCUCCAAUGACGGGACACUACGGGUCUGGGACACACGAAGCGGCAGGCCUAUUGGUGAGCCUCUCAAGGGUCGCAGCGGAGUUGUUAUGAGUGUUGCAUAUUCUCCGGACGGGAGCCGGAUCGUCUCUGGGUCUUACGACCGUAUGCUGCGAAUUUGGAACGCAACGUCUGGCAAACACAUCGGCGGGCCUCUCUGCGGUCACGAAAGUGACGUUUAUUCUGUGGCAUACUCUCCUGACUGGAAACGAAUUGCUUCUGGAUCUGCAGACGGGACAAUACGUAUUUGGGAUGCUAAUAGU